CACGCCGCAUUACAGUAUGACAUUGCCGGGGUUUGUGAUGCUGCUAUGCAUCCUGGGAGCUCAAGCCACCGUGGAUCUGAGAAAUGCUGCUGCUAUGGCUGCAGGCUUGUGUAACACCAAGCCCACUGAUGUGGUGUUCAUCAUCGACAGCUCUCGAAGCGUCCGCCCCUCAGAGUUCGAACAGGUCAAGGUCUUCAUGACCAAAGUAAUUGACGGUUUGAAUGUUGGGCCUGAUGCUACUCGCGUUGGCGUCGUAAACUAUGCCAGUCGAGUGAAGAACGAGGUCUCUCUGAAGUCCCACAAAACCAAAGCAGCACUGGUCAAAGCUGUGUCCAAGAUCGAGCCACUGUCCACCGGCACCAUGACCGGCCUCGCCAUCCAGUUUGCCAUGAACGUGGCCUUCAGCGAAGCCGAGGGAGCGCGCAAAUCCCCUGACAUCAGCAAGGUGGCCAUUAUUGUGACUGACGGCAGACCUCAGGACAACAUCCGUGACAUUGCAGUAAGGGCGCGAGAGGCCGGCAUUGAGAUAUUCGCAAUAGGAGUGGGUCGCGUGGACAUGACCACGCUCAGACAGUUGGCCAGCGAGCCUCUUGAGGAUCACGUGGACUACGUGGAGAGCUACAGCCUGAUUGAGAAGCUCACCAAGAAGUUCCAGGAGGCCUUCUGUGCGGUUGUGUCGGACCUAUGCGCGACAGGCGAUCAUGACUGUGAGCACAUUUGCAUCAGCACACCCGGAUCUUUCAAGUGUGCCUGCAGAGAGGGAUUUACACUCCAGGGCGGGCGAUCAUGCAGCGCUUGCAGUAACGCAGCCACAGAUGUGGUCUUCUUGAUCGACGGCUCCAAGAGUGUGAGACCAGAGAACUUCGAGCUGGUCAAGAAAUGGAUCAACCUGAUCAUCGACAAACUGGACGUGUCAGAGACAAACACCCAUGUGGGACUGGUGCAGUAUUCCAGCACAGUGAAGCAGGAGUUCCCUCUGGGACGCCACAACAACAAAAAGGCCCUAAAAGAAGCAGUGAAAAAGAUGGACUAUAUGGAGAGGGGAACCAUGACUGGCCAGGCCAUCAGUUUCCUGGUGGAAAACAGCUUUAAUCCUAACCAGGGCGCCAGACCCGGAGUGGCAAAGGUCGGUAUUGUCUUCACAGAUGGCAGGUCACAAGACUACAUCGGAGAUGCUGCCAGGAAGGCCAAGGAUAAUGGCUUUAAGAUGUAUGCUGUGGGCGUUGGCAACGCUAUUGAGAAUGAGCUGAGAGAAAUCGCCUCUGAACCUGUCGCUGACCAUUACUUCUACACGGCUGACUUCAAAACUAUUAACCAAAUUGCCAAGAAGCUGCAAAUCAAUGUUUGUCAAGUGGAAGAUCCCUGUGAAUGUAAUUCUGUUGUCAAGUUCCAGAAAAAAGUGGAGGAGGCACUACAGGCAUUAACAAAGAAAUUGGAAGCUGUGACGAAAAGGAUCACUGCCCUGGAGAACAAGAUUGUUUGAGAAGGCACCAACAUCUAAUUCUCACACUGCCAUUCCUUUCUUUUUUUGUAAAAAACACCUCCUGUGACCUCUGACCCUAAUGCUUAAGUUCCUCUCCUCCACUCCAAUUCUUUCUGCUACUCUGUUUUCAUCACUAUUGUCCAUGGGGAUGGAGCACUGAUUGUGAUGAUGACCAUGGUUUACCUGACCACGCUUGCUCUGAAUUAUGGUCACCAAUCGACACAAUUCAAGGUGUUGAUUUUCAAACAGCCAUCCCCUCUAACAAAACCCUGUGUGCGUUGAGUAAAAAUCUUCCCAUAUGGUCUGAGAAGGUCUUCACAUACAACCUGGACAAUAAAGUUUUCCCUGUGGGGAGGUGGUGUGCACAUUAAAUCCAGUGAAGGUUACAUUCUGUCUUUACUUUUCUUCAUUCUACAUUUCUCAAACACUUUCUCCCAGAUUUUGCCCCGAAAAUAUUAUUUAAUAUGGAAUAUAUAUAUAAUGGUAAUUUAAUAUAAGAUUGGACUUGAAAUAAAUGUGUGAAUGCUUGAGAAUUUUCUCAGAUAAAACACUUCAUGAAGCACACACAAAAUCAGACACAACACACACACACACACACACACAUAUGUGACUCACAGGCAAACAUUCACUGACUCGGCACGUGCUAAACAUGUCACUUGUGAUGAUUCAAUAAAAUCCCAUUUUGUGUCUGUGUCUUUGUUUGUUGUGUCCUUGUUUUUGUGUGUCGAACAGAUGUGAAUUAGACUUCAUUUCUCUUCAAUGCAAGGUUACAUAAGAGAAAAUGUUCAGUGUAAUUAUUAGGAGCCCCAGGUACAGAGGGAUGUAUAGUGUAAGUGUAAGAGCAGCUGUAGUUAUAUAACAUCAGCAAUAGCCUUCUCUAUUACACUUCAUAAUCUUUUUUUCUUUAGGACCCAAUUUUUUAUGUUGCAUACAACACACUUGUAAUUUUUAUGUUGGAUAGUAAACCCAUAACCCUUAUUUAAUAUACUUGAGGCUGUUUUUCAACAUUACUUUUAGUUCGCUCGUGGUUUCUGAGGCUAAAAAAACGGACCUACCAUGGUUCCUAUCUGGUUUAAACUAGGUAUUAAUUUACUGACCAGCAACCAUGUUCCAGUUUGACCACUUUAAAAUCACAAAGAAAUGGAAGUAGCGAGAGAUCUUUUGGUUCUGGACUUGGACUUGGUUCUGUUGAUGAAGUAAGAACUGAAUCCUAGCUUGCAGUCGACUGUAAAAUGGCAGGGUUUAGGCAAACUAAAUGAUCAGAAAAAUCCAGCAUACGUCACCACUGAGAAGUCUGUUGUUUCAUCAGUC